AUGGACGAGGAUGAGCAGGACAAAGAACGUGAUUUGGAAGAUGUAUUGGAUAACUUUUUUAUACGAAAACCGAAUCAGUCAAAUGCCAACAAUGCAAAUAAAAAUUUCUCCAAUGUGGGACCAACAAUUCAUAAGGCUAUUCCUCUAACCUUGCGUGAUAUAAGCCGCUCCCGGCCAGAUGCAGAUCGUUCAAAUGUUUUUAUAACUAAGAAUUGGCAUUUUCAAACGUGUGUUGCUUAUGCCUUUGUGGCCGGUCGAUGUGUGCCCAACAAAACAUUUUACAAGUACAUUAUAGACGAUGGCACCGACUCCAUGGAACUCAGUAUUUACGCCAAUAUCGCCAAGCACAGGCAAAUUAUCUCACUCUACAAUGAGGCCACUGUGCUAUCUGGCGUUUCGGGUACCGAAGAGGAUAAGAAAUUGUCCGGAAGCAUGAGCCGUCUUUUGCUUGAAGCCAAAGAAUCUAUCGAUGCAUCUGCCAUAGCGCCUGGCAUGAACCUCAUGCUCGAGGGCCGACCCAACAUGUUCAGGGGUAAAGUGGGAUUCGAGGCGUUUUCGUUUUGUUUAGACAAUGAUAGAUCGCGAAAGAUGGAGAUAGCGUUUAAUGAUCACCUACUUGAUUGGUACAAGAACAACAUGGCGAAAGAGAACUAG